UCUGUCUCAACCAUAAUCAAAGCAGUUCGUGACUCUCCAGUUCCUAUUCAAAUAGCGUGAGCUCUACACAGCUUCUGUUGUUCGUGCGCUCUGGGAUAAUUCUACGAGAGAAUAUGAAUCAAGUAGUUCCACUGAAAAUUUUCGACAUAUUGAAGGACGUGGUGCAAGGAGACAUUGAACAUUUUUUAGUUACUGUACAUGGAUCAAACAAAAAAGGUGAAGGGUACUUGGGGGAGAUGUUCUUUGUAUCAUUAAAAGACAAGAGAAAUGGCAACCAGUUGAACGUCGUAGUGAAACAGGCAUUUUCCGAGGAAAAUAUCAGAAAUUUAUUCCCCAUUAGGGAUGCUUUCCUGAACGAAAUCUACUUCUACAAGAAGGUAUGGCCGAAGUUUAAAAAAUUCCAAGAGGUAAUUCCUUCCGCUUACCGUUUUGAUAACGUUGCAAAAUGUCUGGCUUCUCUUUCCAAAGACCACUACGAAUCUCUGGUUCUGGAAAACUUGAAAUAUGACGGGUUCGUGCUCCAGGACAAGAAAGAAACUUUGAAAAGAGACACAUUCGAAUUCAUUUUUAAGGUAUAUGGAAGGUUCCACGCUAUAUCAUUCGCAUAUAAAGAAUUGAAUCCUGAAGAAUUCUCCGAACUCAUCAACGAAUUUACUGAUGUAUGGAAAACCUUCGGUGGUCUAAAAACUUUCCAAGAAUCCAUCAGAUUAACGCAGGAGCAAAGCUUAGAUAGUCUCAAACCAGGAGUGGAUAAUGAAGUUAUUGAAAAAUACAGGCACUACCUUGAUGAUGGGGUGGAAAUGCUUCAUAAAAGCUUUAUCAGUAGCAAGUAUGUUUGUAUUACCCACGGUGACUGCUGGAGCAAUAAUAUGAUGUUCAAAUAUGAUGAAACUGGUAAACUAGUGGAUCUGAAGUUGUUGGACUUCCAAAUGUUCAGGCUAGGAUCACCCGUGUGUGACCUCGCCUACUGCUUGUACUCUGGGGGCACCAAGGCCAUCUUCGAUGAUGUAGACCAUUUCCUCCGAAUCUACUACGACAGUCUCUCAGAAAACCUAAGAGAGUAUGGAUGCGAUCCAGACAAAAUUUAUCCCUUUCAGGCGAUCAAGAAUGAGUGGAAAGUGUACUGCCAGCUAGGAUUUAUAGUAGGCAUGAUGGUAUGGAGGGGGAAAAUGACCUAUGAGGAUGACGCGGUCGACCUUACCGAUUUGUCGAAUAAUGAAGAGGACCUGAAGAAAUUUUUUGAGACCAAUUAUGACAAGGAGACUUUCCAGAGAACAAUGAGAGAUAUUAUUUUGCAUUUGUUUGAAAACGAUUAUUUGUUUUAGAUGUAUUUUUUUACAACUUCGGAAAAUAAGUAAAUAAAAUGUAAGAAAGUAAAAUUAAUAGACAUGCCAAAUAAUAUAAACAGCUCGAAGUUUAAAGGUUUCAUAACAGGGUCAUCGUUAGUUUAACCCUAGACAUUGUUUAAUAAACUAGUUUGUUAUCACAGUAAGUAUUUGUAAGUGACUUGAAGUACAAAAUGUAAAUAAUAAUUUAAGUGGUUAUUACGAAGAUUGAUUGUUCUAGUAUAUUACUGAUGUAAUUGACGAUAAAAUUGAUGUUGGGUAAAUAAAUAGGAAGAACUAGA